UAGGUGGAAAUGAAAAUAAUUUUUUUUAAAAAUUUUACAAAAAAAUUUCAUCUCUAUGCCAAGUAUAUUGGCAGCGUCUAUAUUCCCUGCCGAGAGUCGUGCGGCAGCAGAGUUUCACCGGAACGCUUGUUUGCUGAUUAUGUUGUGCAUCACAUCGGGAAUCUGCAGUGGCCUGCGAAGUUGCUGUUUUGCUAUUGCCAAUACUGUCUUGGUUAAGCGUUUUAGGGAAACAUUAUACUUGGCUCUCGUCCUUCAGGACAAGUCCUUUUUUGACACGGAAACAGUUGGUGAUUUGACAAGUAGGCUUGGAGCAGAUUGCCAACAUCUCUCUAAAGUUAUUGGGAAUGAUGUUCAUCUUAUCUUACGAAAUAUUGUUCAGCUAGUCCUAACAGUGAUGUCGAUCAAUGCUCUUAAAGAUCUCAAUAGCCUACCUGCAUCUGAAAGCAAGAAUGAUGACUCCAGUAGAGGGUGUUUUACAAAACUGUGCAAUGGGAACAUGAAUGAAAAUGUUGAAGAGGAGCAGAGGAAGAAGUCUUCUCCCAUUCAUGUUAGUGGAGACGUUGUCACUGCAUUUAAUGACCAUGUAGUUGAUUUGUUGGAUCCACUGCUUGUACAGCUUUUACUUAAAUCUUCACAAGACAAAAGGCUUGUUUGUGAGGCAGCUGAGAAAGCUUUAGAAGCAAUGACCACUUGGGUUUCCCCUAUUGUUUUGUUGCCAAAGUUUGAUCAGCAUCCUGAGUCCAGGGAGGCUGCUCAAACCCUUCUUCUGGAGUGUCAAACUGCAUACAAGAAAUCCUAUUGUGUCUUGUCAGCAACAGUACACAAGCAUCCAGAGUUGGACUCUUGGGAGCACUUUCGUCGAUCUAAACUCUCUCCUUUAAGCACACAGGCUGUGCUUUGGGUCACCAACACCAAUGUUGCUUAGGAGGGGCUUGUUGUUAGUUCGUGACACAAGUUACGUUAUGAGCUUUUUGAAACCACUGACUUUAUUCUAUUUUACCUGCACAUAUGAGCCUUAGCUAUCAGAGUCUAUGAUUACCUUUUCUUGGUUUGAUUUCAUUUCAUCCCUUUUUCUGUCAAUGUUCUUGAAUCAUUGAGAUCUCUGCGAUUAUGGUUAAGAAAAUGGUUGGUUUGGG